ACUUGCCAACUGCCUUGGAUAGGCUCUAUUGACCGAGCAAAAAGGAGAACAAACUGAAUUGUGAAAGCUCAAGCAGCCGUGCACAGGUGCACGGCUGAGGUUGACUUUGACGGGACGGGGAACCCGGACCUGGUGCCGACAUUGCCGCCAACCUUAAACGACCAGAGGAUUUACGAGCACGGGCUGAGGGCGUCGAGGAUGGUCGUGGGGGAAGAGAAUGUGGAGUACGCCAGGAGGGCCAUGGGGAGCGAGGAUUUCGGAAUGUACUUGGACAGGAUCCCGGGCUCGUUCUUCGUUCUCGGAACGGGGUCGCCGUCCCGGCCCCACAGCCCUUACUUUAGCAUCGACGAGAGCGUUCUGCCGAUUGGGUCGGCCAUUCACGCCAUGUUCGCUUAUACUUACCUCUUGAACACCACCACCGCCACGCCCAGCGGUUGUAUUGGUUAAUUAAUUUGGUGUGUGGGUUAAGUGAAUCAAACUUGACAUUUGUAUUUACUCCGUAUUAAAUAAAGUGCCCCCGCAUUUUUAUUCUCCACUUUUUUUUUAUUAUCUUAGUGGCAUGUUUUUUUAUUUAAACUAUAAUUUUUAAAUAUAUAAAUUUUAUAUUUUAUUUAUAGAGAGAGAGAGAGAGAGAGAAAUCAAAAUAAAUACUCAAGCUAAUAUAGUUUGGUAGCCAUAUAUCAUUAUAUAUAUUCCUAGCCAGCUAGCUAGCAAUCUCUGCUUCUGAAACACACAUAAAAUGUUGUUGUCUCCUCGCUUCCUGCUUCUACUCACCUUCUUCCUCUUCUGUCUCUCUCAGGUUUCAUGUGAUGUAGUAGUUGAACUUGAUGAUGAGGAGGCCUUCUCUCAAACUCAGGUUGUCAAGGGACCCAAUAGAAGGCUCUUACCUUUCCUCGAUUGUGGAGGGCUGUGCAAGAUGAGGUGCAGCGCGCAUUCAAGGCCAAAUGUGUGCAGCAGAGCAUGUGGGACCUGCUGCACCAGGUGCAAGUGCGUCCCACCUGGCACCUUUGGCAACCGCCACCUCUGCGGCAAGUGCUACACCGACAUGACCACUCAUGGCAACAAGCCCAAGUGCCCUUAACUCUGGGGGGACCCCUACCCUACAAUCCCCCCCCUCCCUCUUCUUCNAAGAGGCUCUUCUUCAGCUACACUCUUGUUGAUGGAACCUGUCAUAUGACGAUAUGUGUUAUGGAAAUGAAGAGUAUUAAACUAAGGAUUCGUUUGGAAAGAUGGAGAAAUGGUUUUUCUGGAGGGAAAAUAAGUUCAUUUUCUGGUGUAUGGUUGAAAUUUUGGAAAAAUAGUAUGAAAUUAAUAUUUUCUUUGCUUAUAAGAUAAUAAAUCGUGAUGGGAAUC